GGCUUUUUAGCCCAUACUAAGCUUGAAAGUGGCUAAUCGCUGUUUCCUAUUUCCAUGCAGCGUUUGAAAUUUCAAAAAGGCGACGAAGAAUGAGUCUGCAUUUCUCUCUCCGUUGCCACCAUGCACACCACACCAUCAUCGCCUAAGCGCUUUUCUCCUUUCAUUUCCACCAAUUCUCUUCAUCUAAUUAACACCGUCGGAUUUUGUUUUCCGAAAUUUUCCGCAACGGAUUGAGAUUUUUUAUAUUUUUUUCCAAAAUUAAUUUGAUCGUUGGUGCGCUUCGCUUGCGUGGUUGCUGAUUAAUAGAAAUUUGAGAUCCUCGAGUGUGAACUGAGCUCGAUAUGGAGAAUCUGAUAAAUUUAGUUAACAGACUGCAGAGAGCUUGCACGGCGCUAGGCGAUCACGGCGAAGAGAGCGCGUUGCCCACUCUUUGGGAUGCCCUGCCGUCAAUUGCCGUCGUCGGUGGUCAGAGUUCUGGAAAGUCCUCUGUGCUGGAGAGCAUUGUUGGGAAAGACUUUUUGCCUCGCGGAUCUGGUAUUGUUACUCGACGUCCACUUGUGUUGCAACUUCAUCGGAUUGAUGAAGGGAGAGAAUAUGCAGAGUUUGGACAUCUUCCUAGGAAGAGAUUCACUGAUUUUGCUGCUGUGAGAAAGGAGAUCGCCGAUGAGACUGACCGCGAGACAGGACGCAGUAAACAAAUAUCAGCAGUUCCUAUUUAUCUUAGCAUUUAUUCGCCUAAUGUUGUGAAUUUGACAUUAAUUGAUCUUCCCGGCCUUACGAAAGUGGCUGUUGAGGGCCAGUCAGAAACCAUUGUGACAGACAUUGAGAACAUGGUGCGGUCUUAUAUUGAGAAGCCCAACUGUAUUAUUUUGGCUGUUUCUCCUGCCAACCAAGAUCUUGCAACAUCUGAUGCUAUUAAGAUAUCUCGUGAAGUUGAUCCAAAAGGCGAGAGAACAUUUGGAGUUUUGACAAAGAUUGAUCUCAUGGACAAGGGUACUGAUGCUGUAGAUAUCCUGGAGGGAAGAGCAUAUAAGCUGCAGUUUCCAUGGAUUGGUGUUGUUAACCGUUCUCAAGCUGACAUUAACAAAAAUGUUGACAUGAUUGCCGCUAGGCGUAGAGAGCGCGAGUAUUUCUCAGAAACCCCAGAAUACAGUCAUCUUGCUCAGAGGAUGGGUUCUGAACAUCUAGGGAAAAUUCUAUCCAGACACUUGGAAGCUGUUAUCAAAUCUCGAAUUCCAAGCCUUCAGUCCCUCAUCAACAAAACCAUCAUUGAUCUAGAAACGGAGUUGAGUCGUCUAGGAAAGCCCAUUGCAACUGAUGCUGGGGGGAAGUUGUACAUGAUUAUGGAGAUCUGCCGCAUAUUUGAUGGGAUCUUCAAAGAACAUCUCGAUGGAGUUCGACCUGGUGGUGAUAAAAUAUACAGCGUCUUCGACAACCAACUACCUGCUGCAUUGAAACGCUUGCAGUUCGACAAGCAUCUUGCAAUGGAAAACGUCAGGAAGCUAAUAACCGAAGCUGAUGGAUAUCAGCCUCAUCUCAUAGCACCCGAGCAGGGUUACCGCCGUCUGAUUGAAACCGCCUUGAUCACGAUCAAAGGUCCUGCAGAGGCAGUUGUUGAUGCGGUUCAUGGAAUACUGAAGGAGCUAGUUCAUAAGUCAAUCAACGAGACUACGGAGCUGAAGCAGUACCCUUCUCUAAGAGUGGAGGUGGGCAACGCGGCUAUCGAAUCAUUAGACAGGAUGAAGGAAGAAAGCAAGAGAGCAACUCUACAGCUAGUAGAAAUGGAAUGCAGUUACUUAACCGUUGAUUUCUUCCGCAAACUUCCACAGGAUGUCGAGAAAGGCGGCAAUCCAACACAUUCCAUUUUCGACAGAUACAACGACUCCUACCUCAGAAGAAUCGGAUCAACCGUGUUGUCUUACGUGAACAUGGUCUGUGCUGGUCUGAGGAACUCCAUCCCGAAGUCCGUGGUCUACUGUCAAGUCCGCGAGGCCAAACGCAGCUUGCUCGAUCAUUUCUUCACCGAGCUAGGCAAAAAAGAGGGAAGACAGUUGGGGAAGCUGUUGGACGAGGAUCCAGCCGUUAUGCAGCGGCGUGUGUCUAUUGCGAAGAGAUUGGAGCUGUACAGAGCUGCGCAAGCCGAGAUUGAUAAUGUGGCAUGGUCUAAAUAGUGAGUUGAUCACAAAUAGUUAUAGACGUGUUUUUAGAUUCAGCGAUUUGAAAAAUAAGCUUGUUUUAUAAUAUGCGUAGGAUUGAUUCAAAAAGUGGGAAAUUUAUCUUGAAAUUGUUGCAUCCUUCUACUUGGCUAGUCCACUUUUAAAGUUCAAAAUUAAGUUUAGUCAUAAUUGGUGUGUUUGCUAAGAAGACUUCUAAGUUCUAACUGACCAAUUCCAUUCUGUUAGGUUUUGUUAUUUUUCCGUUUCGAUUCUCUCUUUCUAUGUAUAAAUGUAUCAGGAGAACCACUUCAAAUAGUAAGUUGUGUUUUCGCGCCAAAAACAA